GUGAGUGGCUGGUGUGACGCAGAGGGCUUAACGGGCAGAUCAGUUCGACUGUCAAGAUGGCGACAUCGGAACCGAAAGCACCUGAAACUGAAGAGCAACAACCACAACCACCACCACAACCCGACUGCCAAGUUGUGAACCAGGAACCGUAUAUCAAACACCCCUUGCAAAACAAAUGGGCCCUGUGGUAUUUCAAAAACGACAAGAGCAAAAGCUGGAUGGAGAAUUUGCGUCUUAUUUACAAAUUUGACACAGUGGAGGACUUCUGGGCAUUAUACAACCACAUACAGCAGCCAAGCAAACUUGGUUUUGGUUGUGAUUAUUGCUUAUUCAAGGAUGGGAUCAAGCCCAUGUGGGAGGACGACAGGAAUAAACUGGGGGGUCGAUGGCUGAUGACCCUCAACAAACAGCAGAGGCACAAUGACCUUGAUCGCUACUGGAUGGAGACGCUCCUGUGUUUGGUCGGUGAGUCGUUCGAUGAGGCAAGCGAAGACGUGUGCGGCGCCGUGGUCAACGUCAGACCCAAAGGUGACAAAAUAGCCAUCUGGACGAGUAACUGCCAAAACAGGGACGCCAUCAUGACGAUAGGGCAACUUUAUAAGGACCGUCUGAAGAUCCCCAUCAAAGCCAUGCUGGGCUACCAGUCACAUGACGACACGUCCAGCAAGAGCGGCUCCACCACCAAGAACAUCUACUCCGUUUGAGACACUGAGUCAUUUCAACUGGCUGCAGAUUGUAAAAGCAUUGCAAGCCCACAUCAUCACGUUUAACAUUUGGACUCGUCCACUACUGUCGUGUUCUUCCUUUUUAACCGCAAACGAGUACGCAAAUGUCUUUUUACCCGGCCGAUGUGAGCGAAAGAACAAUUUCCUUUUUAGCAUUGAAGAGAUUAACAGCCGGGUCCUCCCCUAGCGUAGCUGACAAUAGUUUUUUUGUUUGGUUUGCAGCUGGUGCAAGAAAAAAAGAUAUCUCGCUACCUAAAAGUUGGUUUGCAAAAAUAAUUGAAGGGCAGUUUUAACUGGGUUUACCCUCUGAAGUGAUAUAUACACACACACACACACACACACACACACAAAACAGGCCCAAUUUUCAGACACGCCAGCUUGAAGAAUCUCCGGUAUUUUGAAAAGGUUCUAAAAGUUGUGGCCACAGCCCAAAGUGUCAGUGAAUUUCAGGUUUGGAUUUUAAGCCACUUUCAGCUAUGCUGGAAUUGUGGAUUAUUGCUUGUACUUUUUGGACGUUUCUUCCCCCUCUUACAUUUAUUUAUAAUGUAUACAUUGCAGUUGAGAGAACUUUUUUUUUGUUGAGGUUAAAAAAUGUGGACUACUGCAUAUCGAUGACUUUUUUUCUUUUUUUUGAUAACAGUGUACCAUACAGUAAAGAUACUGACAGAACUAUGUAUGCUUUUCACUGUUCUCUUCCUAACAAACUGUAGAUAAUAACAGACUCCUCUCUUGAUGCAAGUUCAAGAUAAUAAUCAUUGUGGGAAAAGGCCUAGUGUAUCUUUGUUAUCCCCAGGAUGUAUAUUACCUUCUUUCAAGUAAAGGUUAAGUGCUUUGCAUUAA